UCAGCACUACUGUGCACUACCAACCAAGGUCACCACCAUCACCAACGAAUGAUGGGGAAACGUCGGAUUAUUUCGUGCCACUCACUGCGGUUGGUACUUUUACACUUGCUUGUGAUUGUCCUCAAUGUUGGUGGCCACGCACUCCCGUCCACCAAUGAUACCGGAAGGUCCCCGCCGCACUCAUCCUGGCCGUCGCAACGAUGGGCAUCGACCACACCGUCUCCACUCGAUAGUGUCCGACGGUCGCACGACGACACGACUGUUCCCCACCACGUCGGAUGCGGUGCGCAUUGGCGGACACGAUUGUCGCGACGAUCUCUGGGGCGAACACGCCCUUGUCACCGACAAGGUCUUUAUGAACAAACGCAACGCCAACGAACCUCCGUUGCCGCGCAUCUCGCAUACGGCCAAGGGACUCUUGACCCACCGUCAACUCGAAGUACUGCCCGUUUUUGGGAUUACGACACGUAGUGAUACCACCGAACUGGAUUCGUCGCACACCGUCUUUGGACAGAUCCUCAGCGACGAAUCCAGUACGGAGUUUUUGAAGAUCGUCCAAGAUUUGCCGACCUACGCCGUGGAACGACCCACCAGUAUGAAAAUUAACGGCGGUAGUACUGAUCCAGGGAAGGAAAACGUGGUACAGGAUGCGGCGCAAGCGGUCUUUAACGCACAGCGCGGAUUCUUUCGGGGCGCAGCCAAGUCCUUGGGGGAUACACGCGUGAGUAAAGUGUACGAAGGCAAACUCUUGCGACGUGUCGAAGUUACACAAGUCGGGAUUUUGUGAGCGAGUCCACGUAUACAGUCGUAGUCGCCGUCGGUGAUUGCGAUUUACCAGCAAGACGUGUUUAUAUCAUUGCAAUCGGACCGGGCCGUGCCAUAAUUCACCAGCCGUCGCAGCGGCGGCUGCCACCAUGAACCUAUAUAAACAUUCUUAAAUCCGAUAACGCAACU